AUGUGUAACGGAUGUCAAGCUUCCUGCCUUGUCCUUGGAUACAAACCCAAUGAUCCAGAAGAGAGAAAAAAGGCAAAAGAACAUCUAGAAAAAAGUGGCUUAAUUGCAGUACACAUACAUAAUCACGAUCCUUUUCAACUGAUGGCUAUUGGUAUCAAUGUACACAAGCGAGAUCCCUUCAAAUUCAUAAGUUAUCCCGAUUCUCCAACAAUGCCACCUACAGAUUUACCUGAUAACAUUGAUGAUCACGAUGGCAAUGACAACAACGGCAAUAACGACGAUAGCAACAACAGUGACAGCGACAAUAGCAACAGCGGCAACGAUAGCAACAACAAUGGCAGCGACGAUAGCAACAGCAGCAUCUAUAAAAAUAAUAAUAGCAACAACACGUUCGCGAAGGAUACUUCUGACUCAGUCAAGGCAUACUGGAAAUAUUUACAACAUGAUACCAAAUACAUAACAAUUGGAUACGCACAUAAAUCGCCAACUGACGAAACAAAAGAAUCACGAAUACGUUUAUUACAGUUAGUGGUGAACAAACUAUACUUCUGCAGAAAGUGCAAAGAAGUAUUCAUGAGCCCAAUUUGCAAAGCAGACCAACCAAUAUUAGAAAGAGACUCGCCAAAGCAGGAUGAUUUACUGCUGCAUUUAAAAGGAUCCCAUAGCGAUAUCUUAGAUUUAGUUGCACGCAUUCAUUUCAGCCAAAAACCUUUCUGCCUUGUCAUCAUUGACUACGCCGGGCUUUCAACGUUACUAAAUGAUAUUAACAUUUUUUUAGAACAAUGCAGCAAUAUCAAGGAAGUUGUUGUAGACCAUGGCUCUUCGUUUGAGAUCUUAUCACGUUUUGAUCUUUUGAAAAAUUUGGAUCUGGAAAAAUUUAAAUGUCGACAUGCCAACGUUAAACGAUCAAAGUAAUUUUUUUCGUGCUAAUGGUUUGUCUAAUAAAAAAUGAAAAAGAAGUUGUUUAUUGCAAGUUUAUUUUCCCUUUUUUUUAGAAAAAAUAAAGUGCUUACGCCG